GCUGGAAAUGACUUAGGUAAAUAAACAAUAUUUUCGUGAUAUAGGACUUCCACAUUUAGAUUUUUAUUUGUUGUAAAGGCUUGUUCCAAAGUUCAUGCAGAAGUUAUCUGAGAAAAAAUAAGUUGCAUAUUCGUCUGGAACUUAAUAGCGACUUUUUCUUCUUUUUUUUUCUCAAUCUGAUUAGAAACCUUUUUUUUCUCCAAAUAAUAUGGCUGGUGUUGCUACAGCUGCGUUAAGAGCUGCUAAAGCCGCUUUACGUGGGGAAUUAAAAAAGAGAAUUGCUAGUAUUCCUCAUGGAGAGCAACAUCUUCAGUCUAAAUUGAUUACUGAAAAGGUUCUUGCUAACUCUCGCUUCAAAAACUCACAUAGAGUAUCCAUCUACCUUAGUAUUCAUGAUGAAAUUCGAGUUCAGACUGUUGGAAUAUUAGAGCAGUUAUUGGAACAAGAUAAAGAGUGUUUUGUGCCAAAAUUUACACCUAAUAGUCAUGAUAUGGCCAUGUUGAAGAUACAUUCAUUAGAAGAUUAUGCUAAGUUGGUUGCUGAUAAUUGGGAAAUUCUGCCACCUACCGAGGAAGAUUUGAAACGAGAGGAUGCUCAUACUACCGGUGGCUUAGAUUUAAUGAUAGUGCCUGGCUUGGCAUUUACUAAAAGAGGUCAUCGACUUGGAGGCGGUAAAGGUUACUACGAUGUUUAUGUGCAGAAUUGUUCUCAUGAUCCCCAUGGCAGGCCUUACACAAUUGGGCUUGCAUUCAAAGAACAGAUUCUUCAUAGUAUACCAGUGGAUGUGCACGAUUUUAUGGUGGAUGAAGUAAUUUACCCUGACUAGUUGUGUGGCUUUAAUCUACUCAGCUAACUCUUAAAAAGAGAUGUUUUUCAACCAAUUUAAUUUGGAUGUGCCUUGUUGAAUUUCGAAAAAUUUAUUUGUUAUGCCAACUAUUCUUUUUUUAUAUUUGAAUGAGCUUUUAUAUUUUUGUAACUUACUACUAUUGACUUGAUAAAAUAAUUAAUUAUAUCUGAA